GCCACCUGUACGAGCGACCCAGCCCCCUCGCUCCGCGGAUCUUCUUCCUCCUGGCGCGAGCGCCGCCACUCAUCACGCUGCCGUGUGCCCGAGCCCCCUAGCUCGUCUUCCUCCUUGCUCGAGCGCCUCCACCGCAGGUCUAAAUAGUUUUCUUGGAAACCGUAGCGGUGCUUGGACAUGAUUGAUGACGAGGCUGACUUGGCCAACAUCGCGGAUGCCCUGGAAGAAGAUGUGCAAGCCGCUGCAAAGUUUCGUCCCAAGCCUCGGGCCAAGUCCCGAAAGCCAUCCAUGGCAUCCAGAUCUCAAUUGCCCAAUCCUCGUGUGGAAAAACCCGAUGAGAAGGUCGAGGCAUCAAACCAGGAUAAUUUGUCUCAAGAAAUAACGCCGUCGACCCUCCCUGCCAGCGAAAUUACUGGUGCUGCAGCAGCAGCUUCCGAGGGUGGUUUUGGCACACUUUCUGAUGAUGUGUCGACAGUCUCUGCUGUAGGUAGAGUUUCUCCAAGUGAAGACCGCAGUCACGAUCUGUCUGAAGUGCAUACGCACCAAGGAAACUUGGUGGUUUCAGAUAGCCAAGCAUCAUCCUCCCAUUUAGGUGGCAAGACAAUUGAUGAUUUGGCUGAUUUUGAAGGUCUGUGUGACUCAAAUGCUGAACAGGAAAGGGUUGCAAAGUUCAAGCCAAAGAAUCAGCUGAAACUCAGCAAGGCAGCAUCCAAGUCACGGAAGGUGGACCAAAAGGCGGUAGCUUCCACUAUAGACGUGGCCUCACAAAGUAAAGAUACUAAUCAAGCUCGUACAGAUCAAGAACCUGUACAUACCUCAGAUUCUCAAACAUCUUUGGGAACCAGUAAUAGUGUAGUUGACAAUUUAGCUGACCAGGAGAGCAUCCUUGAGGAACCUGUUCAAGAGGAAACGGUUGCAAAAAUAGUCUCUGAAUCGCGAGAUGUGGUAUCUCAAGAUGCAAGAAUUGACAGCCCUGAUGAAGUCCUCACCAGUGAUAUACAUCCAAAACCUAGAGAUCAAGAAGCCAUUGCAGUUCCAGACUCUUGGCCACCACAGGACGAUACUAACAUUGAUUUAGACUCUCAAGAGGAGCUUAUAAAUCAUCACAUUGAUGAUACUCAACAGAUCGUUGAAGAACCCUCAGCGCGGUCGCCGGCUCCUCCCAUAAUGCCCCGCCCGCUCCCACGCCACACCGCCGCCGGCUGCGCCAUCGGCUCCCCCGACCCCGCGCAGCUCGCCCCCGCCGCUGGACUGCCGCAAGCCGACCCUCCCGCCACUGAGCUCGCCGACAGGCACCACCACGAGGCCAGCAGCAGCCGUUUUCCUCCCACGACCAGCAGCAGCAGCUCUCGUCCUCCUCGGUUCCUCGCUGAAGCAACUGCUAAAUUUCAACCGAAUGUUAAAAGGAAAAAGGGCAAAGGUAAAUCAGUAACGUUUAUUCUACCGAAUGCUUCUGACGGGGUGGCUCCUGCUGAUACCAGUUCCGAAUGGAGCAACAUCAACCAUUAUUGUAAUGACUUAGGGGCGGACGAAAGUUUGAACAACUUGCUUGAGCAAACAGCUCAAAAGGAAUGUACUAACAGGGAGAGCCAGUACCAUGAGGGGGGACCAUCAGAUCAUGCUGUUGAAAAACAACCAGAUUUAUCUAUGAAUCUAAGAAGCAGGAAAAAAGUCCUGAAAGUUGGGAUGUCUGAGCACACCACUGAUAAUAAUUUUGAUGAAGACUACGUCGAACCUUUAGCAGCCGAACAAGAUAAUGAUAGUGGCGAAGAGUACAUUGCUGGAGGAAAGCUGAAGGUCAGGAGAAAGUCAAGGGCGAAAGAUACAAAUAAAGAACCUUUGAGGGGUUCCAAGCGCACCUCGAAGGAUUCCACUGUAGAAGAAUCACAACAGCAGAAGCUUCAGAAAGAAAAAGGUGAAGUAACACCACGGGGUCGUAAGAGAGCCUCAAAAGAUACAUUGGCAGAACAGCCUGCAAAGAAGCUUGCUCACAGAAUUCGUCAAAAAAGAACAAAAGAAUUCAGAACUUUAUUGGAAAAACCUGAUCAUGAGAUAGAUCGCAUGAAGCUAAGUGUGACGCAUCUCAGGUUGUUACAAGAAGCGAGAGAGCGAAUUAAGAGUAAAACAAUUCCGUCAGGCCCAUCCUACUCUAAUCAAAGCUCCCAGUUUGGAGAUACGGAUGAUUUUGAUCCUUUUGGAGAGUAUGAUAACGGGAGAACAGAGAAUCACAUGUUUGAAAAUACCAAACUUAAUUAUCAUUCAUACAUGAACAAACAAACACGAGCCAAAUGGUCAAAAACUGACACUGACUUAUUUUACCAGGGUCUUCAACAGUUUGGUAGUGACUUCGCCAUGAUACAACAACUAUUCCCUGACAAGACCCGCGAUCAGGUGAGGCAAAAGUUUAAAACCGAGGAGAAAAAGCAUCCAAUGCAAGUUCACGACGCUAUCCUACAUCGCUCGAGAGAUAAUUCAUAUUUAAAACAAGUGAUAAAAAACCUCAACAUCGAAGAUUUGCCGAUAGGCAUCAACAAAAGUACGCAUAAACAAGAGGACACAUCGAAUGAAGUAAACCCUGGAAACGAGAAUAUGCUGGAUGAUAUCAUCGACGGCGAGGAAGAGAAUGACCCGAAUUGGUCGGAUAAAGGGCAGGGCACGCAGGUGGGGUCAGAGGUCGAGGAAGCGGGGGAGCCUGUUUCUUCUGCAAAAGCUGAUCCCGACCUUGAUGUGUUUGAUUGGUACUAGCCCGGCAACCAAUCGUGGUAACAUCGAUUCGUGCUCUCAUGAUUCUGCCAAUACUGUGAUCUAGAGACAUACAAUUUCCCUUGUGAAAUUUUUUUUUGGCUCACGGGAUUGCUUAGAUAACUGAUGCAAACUGUACAUUAACCAGGCCGAAUACAAUUUUGUUGUACUCUUGCUUCUAUGAUGUCUAGAACCAGAACAUAUGGGUAUAGUAGUGUGAUUUUCUUGAUGCAUCAUAAAACAGCCAUGUUGUGUCAUCCUCUUAGCCGAGGAACUUAAA